AUGUCUUUCGAUACUAAAGCCAACCCCAUCGAGAUCUUCUCCUCCUCCUCCGACAGCUCCGACUUCUCGGAGUAUGAAGAGUGCGUUCAAAGUCCGCCUUCGGGCACCAAAGAAGACCCCAUCACCCUCCUGUCUGACUCGGACAGAGAGGACAGAGAGUCGACCCCGGCUCCCGUCCUGGCUUUGGGCAGUUCAAAGCGCCCCAACACUCUCGACCACUCCGAAUCCGAAGAGGAGCCCCCGAAGAAGAAGAGCCGCUCGCUCUCGCCGCAGCCCGCCCGCCUCCGCCUCUUUCUAGCCAUACCGGCCAACAUCCAGGAGCAUCCAGAGCUCCUACGCCACGAGCCAGCAGCCGCCCCCGCCAGCCUAGAGGACAAUUUCGUGGCGCCCAUCAUCGACAAGUCGGCCCGCCUUACCGCACUCCUUCGCGCACCCCUCCGUUCCCCUUCCCGCUUUGAGUUUGCCCAGCGCGGCUAUGAGCCCCUGAGGAAGGUGACACCGGACCUGAGCAGGGAGCCGAGUGUGUUUGGGAAGGUAGAAGGCGAGGGCGACUGGGUGGUUGUGGAGGAUGAGGAAGACGAUGUGAUGGUCGUGGAGGAUGACGAGGAGGAGGUGGUGGUGAUCUUGAAAGUGGACGAGGAUGAGGGGUACGAAGGUGAUGAGUACUAG